AUGGAGAAUUUUGACCCUAAGAAUCUAGACAGUGUCCUCCACAACGCUCCAUACCGCAAAGACCGAAAUGGCUUGCUGUUGGGCGAAUACCUCUUUAUAUACAACCAUCAUCUUCGGUAUACAGAAUUUCUUGUCGCUUAUCCUGGAUCCGAAUUCGUUGGAGUUGGCUUCUUAAAAGAUUGGGAAUGGCAUCUGAACAUUCUUGAUCAACCAAAUAUUCGUCCAAUCCAAAGGCGUGACCCCCAUGAUUUCUGCGUCUUCGGUUAUAUUUUCCGUGUUAAUGCCAAAAUCGAUCUUGAUUAUUAUGACGCUCUCAACAUGCACGCGCCGCGUCUUCGAACUUGCCAGCCAGUUAUGAUUAUACUCCCGGGUGUACGAGUUGAUCCUCUGGAGGCAAUCGUCUAUUAUGACCCUGCCAACAUAGUCAGUGCCAAUAUGGGUGCCAAGCAUACGAACGCCGAGAAACUCAAAUACUUCAAGGGAUUGGAUGAGCUCCUGAGUAUGGGCGUACCGGAUUACAUCCUGGAGAGGGUUUAUCAAGAACUAUACGGCCGCAAUAUCAAAGAUGUUGGUGUCAAUGCCGCUGGAGGUUUGCUCUCCAUGGAUAUGAUCUGUCCUGAGGAUACAUUGAAACUGCACAAAGAUGAUCAAAGGAGGAUUGGCUCAAUGGGGUAUGAUAUCAAAGGAGCAAAGAAUCUUGAAGUAGCCAAAGUGAAGGCAUGGGUGGAUGGGACGGGGAAGGAUAAGUCGAUGCGAUCGAAGCCUACUCAAGCACAGAAUACGGGAAGCGCAUCAAGAGAUGCAGUGAAUGACAAUGGAGGAGAUAAGUGA